GUGGAAAGCGAUGACGAUGAGGAGCUUCUGUUCAAUAUCCCGUUUACGGGCAACGUCAAAUUAAAAGGAGUCAUCGUGAUGGGAGAGGAUGACGAUACGCACCCAGCAGAGAUGAGGCUGUUCAAGAACAUUCCUCACAUGUCCUUUGAUGACGCAGCCAGGGAACCAGACCAGAUGUUCAGCCUCACCCGGGAUCCGAGGGGCGAGCUGGAGUACCCCACCAAAAUUGCCCGUUUCUCCAACGUUUACCACCUCUCCAUCCACUUUCCGAAGAACUUUGGAGCGGAGACAACAAAGAUUUUUUACAUAGGCCUCAAAGGAGAGUGGACGGAGGCUCAUCGCCACGAAGUCACCAUCUGCAAUUACGAAGCCUCAGCAAACCCAGCUGAUCACAAACUGGAACAAAUCACCCCACAGACUCAUUUCAUCUCCUAA